GGGGCUUUGACACGCUCUGUUUAUUCAAAGGCCACAGACGAAAAGGUUGAAGGUGCGAAAGCUCUAAGUGUUUACAAAUCAAUAUUCCGAAUGUCCGUGGCGAGUUUUUGUCGAGGACCCACUAUCAACGCAGUCUUUGUGAUUCAUAUCACUUACUUUAGGCUCAUAGUUUGUGAACGUAAUAGAAAGAGCAGAGCCAGGAACGGCCAGGUAGUCCAAUAUACUGGACUCAGGACUCAAUGGUUCCCCAGACUCGAUUCGUGAUUACUUUGUGAGCCUCGACGAGAUUUCUGAAGUGCCUUCUUCAUAUUGCAAUACUUAAGACGUCGUCGACGACGACAAACCCAAGCUUGCUCUUAACUUUAUGAUCCUUGAUCAAUAUUUCAUACCUAUCAGACCAUUUGGGAUCCUCAUUGGCAUCAACAAGGAACGUGGAACCAAGGAAACGCCAAUUGGCCUGAAAUUCCCGAAUAACCUAUCCCAAAUUCCGACUGAACUACUGUUUAACCUCGUCAUGCUCAAAUCCUCUUCAUCUUUGCCUCAACUGUAUCGACCACCCUCUUCUCCCAAUGGAGCCUCGACAUUCGCGGUCUCAGAAGUGGACAAGGCUGUUUGCGCCCGAGCUCAAUCUGGAGGGGCGGCACCUGUUGCCGAUCAGCCAUUCUCCUCUCAUCAAACUAGUCGAGCCUCAAGCGGAAGUUCCACGGAAUCCUUAGAUAGUGCCUCCAGACGGGACAAGAAUCUUAGCCGGAAGUUGUUGAGGGAAGCCAUCCAAAAUAAGCGCAACGAGAUCAAGAGAGAAAGCGAUCGUUUGAAUUCCAGCAUGACAACGCCUUUGUGCCGAAGUGAAGAGGCCCUCCUUCAAGACAAGAAGUGGAUGAGCCAGGUGAAAGAUCUCAAUCAUUCGUUUGAGAAAAUUCCGCCCAUCAGUCUGCAACGCAAAGUCUGCAGCAAAGGACAAAGCUAUUACGUGGAUUGAAUUCAUGAAUAUCAAAAAACUAUAAAGGCAUUUCAUUUCUUGGCUAUCAACCCAUCCAAAAACUCCAAGGCAUUCUGAACUUUGGUUCAAAAUUGGUUGAAUAAAAAAAGAUUAGAAUAUUGAAAGAAGUGGAUCUGAUUGUU